CACACCAAUAGAAAAUGCCAUGUGUUCAGGCUUCCUAUCUAUUGGCCCAAAGACUUUUCUAACCAGAAUCUUUGAUUUUUAUUCUCUCCCAAUUCAAUUUUUCUAAUAUACUUUUGGAAUUUGGUGAGAAAUCCAAACCAGAAAAAGAAAAGAGAAAUCGAAGUAUUUUUAAUGGCUGAUUCGAAAUCAAAUUCAUCACCAGGGAAAAAUGUGAAGGCGCCAAAUGUGUUUGAGAGGGCAAAGGAAGAGUUUGAGGCAGUUUUGCACAGUGGGAAACACAGGCAUGAGCAUCACAAGGAGACUCAUGGAUUGCGGGAAGAUAUUGAUUGCAACACUCCAACCGGUGAUGUGAAGGCUCCCAACGUGUUUGAGAGGGCGAAGGAGGAAAUCGAGGCCAUUGUGGAGGCUAUUCAUCCCAAGAAGGAUUCAAAGAGUCAUGAUUCGCGGGAAAUGAAUACUCCUACGAAGAGCUCUGCGAAAUCGGAGUUGCAUUCAGAAUGGAAGGAGAAUGCAGCGGGAAACGAGUCAGAGAAACAUCAUAAAGAGAAGCAUGGAAUGAGUGAUGAUAUUGAGGACGUUAGAGGUCCAAACGUGUUCGAACGAGCAAAAGAAGAAAUCGAAGCUCUUAUCGAGACCAUCCAUCCAAAGAAGGAUUCAGAUCGCCCCAAGUAAGACGCACCUAGAAACCAACAUAAUGGUUGUGGUUCUUCAAAUUUCACAAUACCCUAUGAAUGUUGUAUUCUUGUGCAGUUAGAUGAUUUGUGAUGUAUAUUAGAUGCUUUUGAAGAGCUAGAUGAGGAGUGAACUACUUCUCAACAACUUACUCAAUUUGGAGCAAGAAAGAUUUGAUUAGCCAACCAUUUAUUUAUACAUAUGUGGAUAAAAAUAUUCUGCAAGCUGCAUUUCUCAA